AUUAUUUCUUUCAAAUUUGUCCUAAACGUUUAGAAUAGUGCAACAAUCAAGAAAAGAAUUGAAAUCAAUAAUGUCUCUUUCCUUGGUUACUGCUGGCUCGAUACUUAUCCGCCCCAAUCUUCGUCUCCGUCAAUCUCAUUUGACAAUCUCUUCAUCGCCAUCGCUUUCUCUCUCGUCAAGUAGUCACCGCAAGAUCUCACGCCUGAUUAAAGUCAACGCCAUGGAGACGAAGGCGGAGACAAUUUCCGGUGGUGUUCCCAACAACACGAUGAAGCUACUGUUCGUUGAGAUGGGUGUGGGUUACGACCAACACGGGCAGGACGUGACUUCUGCGGCCAUGAAGGCUUGUAAGAAUGCAAUUUCUUCCAAUUCGAUUCCUGCUUUUAGGAGAGGUUCGAUUCCUGGAGUUUCAUUUGGAGAAAUGAAGUUACAGAUAAAGCUUGGAGUGCCUCGUUCUCUUCACCACCAGCUGGAUCUUGACAAGGUCAAAUCUAUCUUCCCCUAUGGGGAGAUUGUUAACGUGGAGGUGGUGGAUGGAGGACUGAUCUGCUCAAGUGGCGUUCUAGUUGAAGAAAUGGGUGAUAAAAACGAGGACUGCUACAUUGUGAAUGCCGCCGUUUACGUUGGCUACUAGUGUCUCUUGUUCUUUGGGUAUUUGAGUUAGAACAAAUGUCCUAGUGGAAGAAGAUAGGUGAAAGGGAUAACUUUGCAGACUGUUUUUAGAACAAAAAAGUUUGUUUCUCACUAUCUCAAUUUGCUUAUUGUUCUCAUUCAAUUUGUUUAAACAUUGAAUCGUAGAAACAAAUGUUUCAGUCUCA